CUACCUUCAACGCUUCCUACAUUGGUGACAAAGUUCAAAACUCCAAGAUGCCAUCACUCGCCAAACCCGAGAUCGAAUUCACACCCGUCGCCGACAGCAAGGGAGUUUUCUCGUCCAACGUCACUGCUCACUCCAAUGCCGAUGGCACCUUCACCAAUUAUCGGACUUAUUUGCUCUCUCAUGACCCGACCACGGGCGACAAAACCAUUCUAAAGGAACACUCUCCUGGCAGCGUGUGGGGCGGAAACCCGUCCGACGACUUCGACAAAGACACAGUCUGCUCGCAUGAUUACUGGGAGGAAUGCUACAUCAUCGAGGGUAGAUUCUACGACGUAGGCAAGAAGCAGUGGUUCGCCGCCGGCAGUUACUGUUGCAGGCCACCAGGGAUGUUGCAUGGACCUUGCAAGGCGGAUGAAAAGAUCGGGUGCAGGGAGAUCUGUAUGGCGAGAUAUGAACAGAAGUAGUUGACGAGUUGCUUUGAGCACUCAUAUGCCUAUAUCACCUUUGACACUUACGAGAGCGGGACAAUGUAG